UACUAUCAUAGAUUUUGUAAACAAUAAGUAUAUAGCAUUAUUUGUACAGCACUAGUAAGGUUAGAAUAAAUAAAAUGACAUUGUCACAGAAUAGCAACAGUGGCUUGUUCAAACCCGACGCGAUCGUAAUGUGAUAGUGUAUUCCUGCAGUGGCCAACCCGCUAUCCUCGUGGAGAUGGUGCUACCUGGUCGAUUCAGAGAGCUACUGCCGUGCCCCUGAGGGCUGGUUUCAUGUGAGGGAAGGGCGGUGGGGGGUGGGCAGGAAGUUAAGGGGCAUUGUCCACACCUGUGUAGAAGAGUUUUGGUUUCAGUCUGUGUAUGUGCCUGUCAUCCAGCCCUGAGUUGGCUGGUUCCGGCUGAGUGGUGGGUAUGAAGGGGCCUUUUGUUUUUGCCUCCUGGGCCCUGAUUCAAAAUGGAUAGUUCCGUCUUGACUCUGCAGAGUAGGCUAGUUGCAACGCGUGCGCCUUAACUUUUCAUAUCUGCUGCCGCAAUGAAUUCCUUCCUGUCUUCACACUGCUUUGAUUGGAUCAGCCUGAUAAGGUGGCCCACAUCUGCACCCUAUCGCAGAACGUCUGAGAUCAAAGCGCCUACAUACAUAAAAAUCCUGUGGUUAUUUGUAGAAACCUUCCAACAAUAAACUCCCUGAAUGUGCGGAGGAGGCUGGAAGCUCGUUCAAGAUGAAGCGUUCUGCAUCUCAGGCAAAGACACGGCGAACAAACAGCAUGAAACAAAUGUAAAAUGCAUAGAAAAUAUGCAUGGAAAUAAAACACACAAAACAUCCUGUGUUGUUUGUAGAGUCCCUGUGUCGCCAAGCUCCACAGUUUCAGCGUCCUGAUGGGGGCCAGUCAGAAGUGUGGGAGACACUGGGCUCCUCUGUGUCCCUGAACUGUACAGCCUUGCUGUCCUGGGACCCGGCAGACCCAGAGUGUGGACGUACCUCAACCUUCCUCUGGAGCAAAGAUGGGACGUCUCUCAACCUCAGCCUCUACGUACAGAACUCAUCCGCCUGGAUCUCCAGCCCAUCUCAGCGGGUGGUGAGCAGUGUUCUGCAGGUCCAGCUUGGGGAACCGGCUGACUUUGGCCUCUAUUCCUGCGAGGUGAGGAACAUCUCCACCUACUACAGCCUGCACAAUACAACUCACCCCAGCCACACUGCAGCAGUGAUAGGGGCCAUUUCCCUCUUACUGGUCCUGACCACGGCCGCCAUUGUCUACUCCAGGUGUACGCUCAAUAUGAAAUUGUGGUACAGGAACUCCUAUGGAGACUACGAGGGCAAUGAUGGGAAGCUGCAUGAUGCAUACAUCUCUUAUGUGAACAACGAGUAUGACAGAAAGUUUGUACAUUUCAUCCUCAAACCUCACCUGGAGAACAAAUCUGGCCACAAGCUUCACCUCAAUGACUGUGACAUCCUACCUGGGGCAGAACCAUCUGCUGAGUUGCUGAUGAAUGUGAGUCGCUGUCGACGCCUGAUCGUGGUGAUGUCACAUGCCUACCUGGAACAAGACUGGUGCUGUAACAACUUUAGACAAGGUCUCCUGCACCUGCUGGAGCUGUCCCAGAUGCCUGUCAUUGUCAUCACGUUAGAGGGUCAGGUCAAACACAUGAGACCUGACGUGGUCCACCAACUCAGAGAACAACAACACAGACUCACGCUGCUCACCUGGUCUGGAUCUCAUUCCAUUCCGCCCUCAUCCGCCUUCUGGAAGAGGUUGUCCUUGGCCAUGCCUCGCGGGGUCCUGCUCCACCGCCUGUCGGGAGGCGAUCCCCAGACACUCCUCCAGGACGACGAGGACCCCAUACUGACCCUAAAUCCAGACUACCUGGACUGUCGCCCCGACCCCGACCCCGCCGGUGACCUGGGUGUCCGUGUCCCACGCUAUAAGGCCCUGACCUCCAAAGCUCCUGUGCUUCCUGUCUUCCCGUCUCCCCCGCCUCCUCUGACUGAACCCAAACCCUCCGACAUAGACGUCUCUGACCUGGGGUCACGGAACUAUGGCCCUCGAAAUGACUUCUACUGCCUGGUCUCAGAGGAGGACAUGUGAUUAAGAAGAAGAAAAACAGGAAGAAGAACGAGGAGGAGAAUUAAUAGGACGAAGCAACAGAAGAAGAAGAAGCAGAUUAAGACUUAGAAGAAGAUAAAAAUACAUCUUCACAAGUCUGUGAAAUUAACGUACAUAUUCUCUCACUAAAAGUAUGUAUUUCUUCACGGUGUAUAUUUCAAAAUUGAAGAAAGGGAUACAUUCCUAAAAUGUGAAUAAUACAGUUAAUCCAGGUGAUUUUGAUUGGGAGCUCAGAUCUUUUCAAUUUGUGCGAAACCAGUUUCAAAAUUUUUAUCAAUAGAUUUUUAUAUAAUAUGAUUUUUUCCUUAUCAUCAUUUCACUGAGAUUUUUGUAAAGACCAGCAUUUUUGUUACUUGUUUGUAAAUGUUAUAUUCCCUUUGUUUAAGAAACCUGUUUGUAUGUAUGUGAAAGUGAAAAAUAUUUAAAAGGGCAGGUUAUUGAGUGGUCCACUGAAGCCAACUAGACUAACAAGUCAUUGUUAUUUUGUGAAUGUAGUUUUACUGUUACAGAGUAUAUUUUACCAAUUAAAAUAUUUUAUUCUACUUAUAUAUCUA